GAAUCUCGAUGGAGCUGUUGGUGUAGGGAACCUUGUAGGUAAAAUAAAUGCAGACUUUCCAAAGUACAUGUGAAGGGAUCGCUCUAAAAUUGACCUCACUGGUAUCGUUUUCAGCAAACUGACCUGGGCCACUCAACAUGGUUAUCGUUCCUGAUGUUAGUGUGUGUUCUCUUUUUACAAUAAACUCAUGGCCGUCAGAAGAUAUCAAUUUGCCAUACAUUGCAUCGGGGCUUUCACAGCCACCAUAGGUUUUCUCCUCCCCAUCCGUUAUGUUGUUAUAUAAUCCUACUUUGGUUCCACAGGAACUUUAGUAGUUUCUUGUCGGCCCCACAACGACUGCAGCCAAGUCUCCCCCUACCGCCACAACCCCUACUUCAGGGCCGCCCCUCUAACCGUCAGGAUAAUUGUUGAUAAUUGAUAAUUACGAUACUUGCUGAUUGUUUUCUGAGAGUAACUGAAUAGUGGGUUUAGAUGUAUAUAAACAUCAUCUUCUAAUUCAUAAAAAGAAUUAUGUUUCUUUAUCCUUUUAUGUUUCUUCUGGAGCCAGUAAUGAAAGCACUGUGUUAAGGGCUCUGCCUGCCUUCCUAUGUGUUGUGGCUGAUGGGUGUGCAUUCAUUUCAUCUAGUAAGUAAAUCAAAGCCAUUCAGCUAUAACUUAGAAGUUGUGCCUCUGUGAAAAUUUGACUGUAGUCUGUCAGCUUUCACCACAUUCACCCUAGAGGUGAGAUUGAACCUUGCUGAAAUUAUACACAUCAUAAACACUCUUCAACUAAUUGGAAGUCUACCUAUCGAUUAGUGUGCUAUAUCCCAAUUUUCUUAGUGAUGUGUAAUGGAAUACCACUGAUCAUGAGUUGAAUAAUUCUGAUGAAAAAUCUUCUUUUUCAUCAUAAAAGAUACCAGGUUCAAGAAAGCAAAUGAAGGGAUUGGUCAAGCUAAUGAGUCUAUAUCUCAGGAAAAAUAUAUUCUCCAAUAUUGCAUUUUUGAGAAAACCUAUAUAACAAGUACCAAAAAUAGUGCAUACUCUUUGUAACACAUCCAUAAGUCACUAAUAGCAAAAGGUAGCCUAUGAUGAAAGCAAAUGGAAAAAAUUUUACAGAGGGUGAUAUUUCAGGAUACCAAACAGAAGGACUCUGCUUCAGGAAAAUGUGAAGAAAAUUCCCAUCAAAUAGACCACUGAAUCAAGUAAUCUACUUUAUAAAAGAAGUUGGUAUCACCAUAAGUUCUCUUAGAGAACUCAUAGCGAAAUCUACUGUGUGUAAUCUAUUUGAGGACAUAUAAUUUCUUAGCUAGUAGUUAAACCUCAAAAGCAUUUGAUACAGUGGUUUGCACACUUAGUUAUUCAAUAAAAUGCCUGAGCUAACUGAUUAGAAAGCAGUUUCUUGGAAAAGAAUCAUGCUACAAAAUCGCUGGUUUUGAGCGGUGCGUUCAGGGGAGGUCCCGCGGAUCUGUCUCUUGCUUCAACAGUGUUUGGAUGGAACAGACCCGGGACUCCCUUUUUUUUCAUCUCCCAUCCACGUUCCAGGCACAAAGUUUGGGACCAUCUUUUUGAUCAUCUGCUCUUUCCAGGACAGCCAACACCAUUCUUUUGAGGGUAGCUCUUUCCCACUGAUCAGCCAUGACCUCUCAGAUUCGUCAGAAUUAUUCCCCCCGAGGUGGAGGCUGCCAUCAACCGCUGGUGAACCUGCACCUGCAGGCCUCCUAUACCUACCUCUCUCUGGGCUACUACUUCGACCGCGACAAUGUGGCUAUGGCGGGCAUGGACCGUUUCUUCCAUGAGCUGGCCAAGGAGAAACAUGAGGGCCUAGCCUAGCAUCUCCUAAAGAUGCAAAGCCAUCGCGGUGGCUGGGCUCUCUUCCAAGACGUGCUGAAGCCUUCCGAGGAUGAUUGGGGUAAAAUGCUAUGCAGGCAGCCCUGCAUAGGCCUGGAGAAAAGCCUGAACCAAGCUCUGCUGGAUUUUCAUGCCUUGGGCUCUGCCAAGACAGACCCCCAUGUCUGUGAUUUCCUGGAGAACCACUUCCUAGAUGAGGAAGUGAAGCACAUCAAGAAGAUAGGUGACCACCUCGCUAACCUCCAAAGGCUGGCGGGCCCCCAGGCUGGGCUGGGCGAAUACCUCUUUGAAAGGCUCAUCCUUAAGCACAAUGAGGAGGCCCCAGAGCCUAGCAGUCUCGGAGGGGCUACUGCAUCACCUGGCAUCAGGGCUUUGGCUUGACCCUUUCCCUUCAGCCACUAGGCAGUUUUUUCACCUCUUUGGAGCCCCCUCCCAAAUCUUGGACUAAAAGAACAUAAAGCCUUUUACAGCAAACAAACAAAAAACCGCUGGUUUUACAUGUACUUUCCGUCUAUAUCAAUCCCCUAAUGAAAGCCAAACUUCUGAUCUCUCAAAUAAAUGCACUUGUUUCUAAGAUUAUCAUACUGUGAAACUUCUUCAAUGCUUCCAUCAUAAUUUCCACUGAAGAUUCAGCCAGCAGUUGGCCAUGAGACUGUGUUGCAUAAAUACAAGGAAAGACUGGGAUGGGAGUAUAAAUAGAAAACAUGUUAACAUAAAAAAACUCAUUGGCCAGAAGAAAUAAAAAGAAGCCAUCCAUUUUUGUGCUGCAGUAACUAAGAUUUUAAAUUCCCAGAAAUGUUUGAUUGCAGAGCAAAACUGUACACUACCUUUCAACUUGCAAAUUCAUUGAGAAACAUCUUUCUGCUCUCAACUGCAGAACAUUGUAUUCUGCUUUCUUCAGGCUGCAAUUCUAGAGUAGAAACUCAAAAUUCCACGUUGGCCCACGCAGAAAAAGAUAACUGAAAUCCCUCCAACCGUCUUGCUUGGUGACUUUCUUAAUGGAACUCAAUAUAAAUACAGAAGCAGACCAGAAACAUUCUUCAACCAAGACCUCAUGUGAAUAUGCCUCGGCAGAAAGCUCUGCUCCCGUUUGUUUGGAGCUCCAUAAUUCAAAGAUAGUCUGAAAAGGGCCUGAUCUGAGCUGAACCAGCAGACAUGCUGACUGGGAGAGAUGGAGAACAGCACAGGUCUACCAGGCCAGGCGGGAUAGAGGCAAGUACUGUUUCCCUUUCUGCUGAUUUUGGGCUGCCAGGUAUCCUCCCAGCAGAACCAGUAUUUAGUCCCUGAGGAGCUGACCAAGGGUUCAUUCAUGGGAAACCUUCCCAAGGAUCUAGGGCUCAAACAUCUAGCACUUACAGACUUGCAAGUUUCAGGUUAAUUCAGAACAAAAAUACUUCACUCUGAGUGAAGCAGGUGGAGACCUGUUUGUGACUGACAGGAUGGAUCAGAAGAUAUGCCCACAGGAUAUAGUUUGUACUAUAUGUUCAGGAACUGUAGUUGGAAGUCCUUGUAGUGGUUUUCACAUUAAUAUAGAGAUUCAGGCUCCACGGUUUAGCAGGAAUGUUACUGAAGUUGAAGAUCUCCAGCCAGUAGCAAGAUUUGCAAUAGAACCUGCACAGGAUCCUGAUGUUGGAAACCAUUCCUUACAAAAUUAUCAGCAACUCUGGAAAGAAAUAUGCUGCUCUUAUUUUAGUGAAGCCACUGAGCCAGAAGAAGUACAGCUUCCUUCACUUAGUGCUGAUAACCUUAGAUGGUGGUGACCCAUCACAAAGUGGUACCACCCAGAUCCCGAUCCUGGUGGUUGAUGCCAACGACCACCCCCAGUGUUCAGUCAGGAUGUGUAUAGGGUCAGCCUUCAAGAAAUGUGCUACCAAGCACCUCCAUCUGAGGGUAAGGGCCACCCACCAGGACGAGGGCACCAAUGCAGAGAUCAUGUAUGCCUUCAAAGUCCAGAGUACUCAUAGCCAUUUUGGUCUUGAUAAUAAGAUUGCAGAAACUAAAACUUUAAAUACAUUAGACUUCAAAGAGAUUAAAAAAUAGUCUAUGGUUUUGGAAACAAGGGACAGAGAAAUUCUAGAUGAUAGUGACAAUGUCCCACGGGUGAUUUUCACUUCUAGUUCCACAAUGGUUCCCAAAGUCACUCUGUUUAAAACACAAGAUCGAGAUUCACAAGAAAAUGGGGACUUCGUGUCUCAAACAAGAAAAUGUACCUUUCAAAACUGAAUCUUCCUCCAAGAAUUAUUACUAAGCCUGUAACACGUAGGACACUGAACAGACCCUGAAGUACAACAUCGUCACUGCCACGACAAGAGCAAGCCCUCCCUCUCCUCCAGUACAAGCAUCACGUUAUACAUUGCUGACACAGGACAACGCUCCAGUUUUUCAGCAGGCCUCCUAUAUGGUCCGCAUGGCAGGCAGCAAUGUACCUGGAGCCUCAGUUGUGCAAAUCAGAGCCUGCGACCUGAAUUUGGGACUCGGUGGCCUAGUCUCCUAUUUCGUCUUGGAUGACGUCAUAAAGCCAAGAGCGCUGCUGUCCUACGUGUCCGAGAGCGCACGGAACGGAGUGGUGGUCUCGCAGCAGCGCGUCUUCGACCACGGCGCUGCAGGCCCACGGCCACGGCUCGCCCGCGCUCAGCGCCAGCUUGAGCCUGCGCGUGCUGGUGGGAAACCACGACAACGUGCUGUACCCUGCGCGAUGACGGCCAGUCACCUGGUCACCAAGAUGGUGGCAGUGGACGCUGACUCACGACAUAGUGCCUGGCUGUCCUAUCGCGUGCUGCAGGCCAGUGACCCUGGGCUCUUCUUACGCGACAGGGCGCUGCCUGACUCUGCCUGCUGAUCUCUGUGUGUGAUGGUGGGCUGCUUCUUUCGUGCACCACCACGCUGCAUCUGGUGUUCGUUGACUGCUACAAGAGACGCUGCCAGACCUCCUUCGAUAGCUCUGCAGAUUUAUAUUCCGAUUCCAAAAGUAAUUUCUACC